AUGGGACGGUGGGGCAGUGCACUCACAUGCAAAUUCGACGGACGCCCAUGUUGCUGGGCCAAUGUACCUCCACCAGAUGACCAGCUCGACUGGCAUGUGGGCACUGCUGGCAGCUAUCUGGUCGCCUACGCUCGGGGAGCAGCUCCUUCAGAUGAGGCGCAGUUUGCUUCGUGUUCCAUUGGAUGUUCGGCCAGUGACAUCACUGUGCGAGCUAAGCAUUGGACUUCCGAAAAUGUUCUACUGCAAGUGUGCCUUCGAGAGUCUUUCCCGAAUGCCGGUGUGGUGCAUAAUCCUCUUCUCAAUUGUCAGGAGUUCCCAGCAUCUGAUGGAUUGACCGCGACUGAGCUUGUAUUACCCAAGACCUCUUUAGUUGACAUUGUAUUUGUCGCUUCUAACUUCAUCGGCGAAAGUGGAGACGUUGCCAUUUUGAGUGACAUUGAAGUUUCCUACGAUAGAAACGGCCCCGAAUGUGAAGAACCAAACGAUGAACAGCUACAGAGCGCUGUUUCGCAACCGAAAUCACAACCUCACCCUCAGCCUCAAGUUCCCCGGCCAACAGAAACUCAUCGUCAAGAAUUCCGCAGUCAACAUGCUGAGUCACGCAAGUCAGCAAUGCACGGUGAGAAGACUCUUGCAGGUGAAGGCAGUGAGGAUAGCGUCCAAGAGGGAGGACAGGCCGCAUUCGGAGCGCAGAAGCCUAUUUCCACCGACCGUCUCGGCCACGAGAUAGAAGAAGCAGACGCGUACCAAUCGCAAUCCAUUCGCGGACUUACCACAAAAUUCCAGGUUGUUAGUGGACAGUUCAUGAAUAGAGUAACUGGUGUGAAAGAAAGCAGUGAAGGUGAUUACUACGCAGCCACUUUCUUAUUCCCACGUGAAAUGGCUGGUCUUGAAGCUUCUACCGAGCCAUUCACAGAGAAGUCCCGGCUGCGAUUCCAGUACUACGAGGGCACACACGGAGUGCAGCUUAAGGGAUGCUGCAGCUCCAUCGAAACCUGUCCCUUCAGCUCCGACAAGUUCGUAACAGUGUCGGACCGAGUUUGGAAGACUGCCAGUUUCCGAUGUCCGAAAGGAACUGAUAAGGUUAUAUUCCUUUGUGAGAACACACGAACGAACCAAGGUGCGUGCGCAAUAGAUGAUCUUGGAAUGGUUGAAUCAGAAGGUUCACUCAAGGAUGUUAGACCUCUAUGUUAA